AGGUCCCCUGGGGUUCGUGUGGCCGUGCUUUGCACCGCAAUGGAUAUUGACCGGUAAUAUUAAUUCAGUCUUGUGUGGUCUAUGUUUUUGCUUUCGCAGUUGACAAAAAUUUCUCGCUCAUUGCGUUGGCCAACUGAAGUCGGACACCAAAGCAUUACUGAAUAGUCGUGAACGAGUGGUCUGUUCGCUAAUGGCUUCGUUUUGGCUCGUCGUUGCUAUUGGAGUUGCCUCCCUGACUCUGGUGACAAGUGAUCCCUGCAUCCCUCCUGGAGAAUCCAUUAAUGCUUCUAGUGGUCACAUUUCCAGCCCCAAUUUUCCCGACAACUAUGACCGAAACAGGAUUUGUACCUGGAAUAUCACGGUGCCCGGUGGGAAAAUCAUCAAACUGACCUUCUUGAACUUUACCCUGGUAACAGGUGAAAAUGAUGACUGUGCUGGAGCGCCAGAUGAUAGUGCCCGGGUCUUUAUCACAAACGUUGCCUCUCAUGGAGGAAAACCUAACGACUUUAAGAUCUGUGGUCAAAAGCUUCCCCCUCCUGUGUACUCCGAGGGAAAUUUCAUUCAAGUGAGAUUUGAAUCUCGCACCGGCACUGUAAACAAAGGGUUCAAUGCAACCUUUGAGGCGAUAGAUGGAGAUUCAUUGUGCCCAACAGAUGUAAUCCUCGAUGAAACAUCGGGUUCUUUGUCCUCUCCCUUUAAUCCAAGAAACUAUCCAUUCAACCAGACAUGUAGCUGGAAGAUUAUAGGGAAACAAGGAUACCGUGUUGAGGUCACAAUACCAGACUAUAAUCUACAACGUUGUAAUGGCACUGCUUGCUCGUGUGAUUAUAUGGAAGUUCAGAAUAGCUUCAGUGAUAAAGCGCUGCCUGGAAAACUAUGUGGUACACCAAGGUUUCCUCCUGUAAAGUUUUAUUCACUGCACGAAAGCUUGAGGGUGGUGUUUGUGUCCGAUGAUGCAAACAUGGAUUAUGACGGAUUUGAGGCAACUUACAAGCUGUUGAACUACAGUCCUCCAAUUUGUCCCAAGGAAGCAAUUCCUCUCUCAGGAAGCGGCAAAAUAAGCAGCACAAACUACCCAAAGAGUAACUACACUGCGUCCAGAAAUUGUACUUGGAACAUUACCGCACCAGCUGACAAAAUUGUAAAUUUUACAUUUACUUACUUUGUCUUAAGUGAGUGUUCAGCUAAACCUUGUUCGGACUCUUGUUCUUAUGUGGAGCUUUAUGAUGGUGGGUCAACAAGUUCGCCCUUGCUGAGGCGAUUUUGCCAGGGGUCGUCUUGGAAUGAGACUCAGUUGUCGACUGGAAAUCAAAUGUUUGUGAUGUUCCAUCCGGGACAAACAGUUGCCCGUGGAUUUGAAGCAGAAUAUUCAGUAUCUUCCCUCAAGCCAACAACAUCACCACCUACAACAGAAACAAAACUGACAAGUGAGACGGCAACGACCGGUGAAUCAAGUACGACUGGUGGUGCAGCGUCCAAGAAAUCUUUAUCGACCGGCGCUUAUGUAGGUAUUGGAAUUGGUUCGGUAGCUGUUCUCGCAGUCGUCUUCAUUGCAAUUCGUGCUUUAAGACGACAGAAUGGCGCGCAUGACGUGAACACAGACGGUGAACCGGGUAGUAAGUAUCAAGGCGACUACAAUCUUAAUGCUGGCCAGAACUCUGUAUACCAUGCACCAAAUACCGGGAAGCACUCCCACGAGUUGGGAUCUUUCCCUAACGGAGGAUAUGCUGGUUAAGCGGUUAAGAGUGUAGAAUAUGCAUCAAUUAAAAAAAAACCAUAUUGUUAUUAUCCGUAUGGCAAAUAAUGUUAUGGUAAAAUAUUCUUAAAAAAAUAAAUUAAUUAAUUAAAAAAAGCUGGUAAUAUGACGAUCCUAGUGCCAGUAUUUCGUGUAAUUAUUAUUGUUAGUAUUGUAGGCAGUGUAAGCAUUGUUAGUCGAGCAAGUUUCUGUGAGCUGCAACGCGAGUUUUUUGAGUGAUGUCUGUAUUGUAUGUAGUUGUAAGUGAAGUAAGUAUUGUUAGUAGGGUAAGUACUGUAAACUAUGUGAGUUUUUUAAGUAAUGUUAAUAUUGUAUGUAAUCGUUAGUAGUUUAAGUAGUACUGUAGCGUGUAGAGGAAGUAUUGUAAGUAGUUUGAAUUCUGUAAGUUGAAAAUUAUGGAAGAAAAAACAAAAGAGUGUAGAGGAUUAUGUUCAUGAAUAGCCUGUUCCAAGCCCUCAGUCAAAGGAGACGAGUGAAACAGUGAACACACGACUAAUAGAAGAUUUUGUUGUAAGGACAACGGCUGCCUAACUCCCCGACCCCCACCCCGACCACGUUCUUAUUAUUCGUGCGUUAGUUGUUUGGCUCAGACCAUGAACUGAGAGAUUGGUCACAAGCUGGAUUAUGAAGAAAUAAGGAAGAAAGCACAGCUUAGGAAUAGAAUAGAAAUAAUUUUACUAUCAGCUAUCACAACCAUUAGCACAAAUUACAAAGGGAUACAGAUUAGAGACUUUGAUAAUUUAAACUGUACGUAGUCUCCAAUUUUUCAAUAAUAAUCAGGAAGUAUAACAAAUUCAAAAUCCACAACAGUAUUAAAGGUUUAGAAUUCGCUUUUUUUAGUAAAAACACAAUGCGCUUUAAUGUGUUUUGGGGACGAGAUAUUGUCCUCUCUUGAACUUUUUCAAAAAAAAAAAGCAAACAAACAAACAAACAAAAAAACAACAACACAACAAAACGAAGAAAAAUAAUAAAAAUAAAAAUGGAAUACUGGGCUAAUUGUCAUUUGCAGCGAUCCGAAAGGUUUCUUUAAAGUUGUUGCCUCUUUCAUGAUUAACAUUCACGGAGUGACUUGGUGAGAUAUAUCUAAUCGAAGAGCGAACAAGAAGACUUAAGUACAAACUGUAGCACGCUUUUUUGUCUAUAAUUAAUAUUUGCAUUUUAGGUAUAAUUUUUUUUGUAACUAAACGUUCCCUCUGAAUGUUAUUAGCACCAAGAUCAUUAUGGAUCUGCGAAUUGUUUCGAGUCAAAAGCCGCUUAUUUAAUUAUCUUCACUCGUUUGUUAAUUUAAUUAGUUUUAGCUUAAUUUUUACGGUGAGCACUUUUGAAGAACGCUGUUAUCGCACGCGAUAUGUAGCAGAUAGGCAACGCGCGUGCGGUUUUCUCGCACGCACGUGACUCUUAAUGCUCUUUUGAGUGUAUGCACAGGCUCGCAGUUAUGGAGUGACGUAAACCGACUUGUGUAAGUUCGUCUGAUAAUAAAAGCAAUACCCGCAUUUUAUAAAA